UCGGAUGCUGGUCUGCGAUAAGUGCCAGUCUGUGGUGGACGGUCUAUAGUCGACCACAUGAAACUUGACGCUCUUCGGUGUUUACAGGAUGUGCUUAAGCUGUAAUGAUUCGUAAUAGAAGACUUCGCGCCACGCCGUUUCACCUUGCACAGUGCUCCAAAGGCUCUAUCUGGUGCCUAUGAUAGGUCUAGAAUGACAAGUCUGUUAUACAGCAACUCGCUUCAUUUUUCUGAAGAGUAAGACAGUCAAUAUAACAGUAAUCAAUGAGUGACUUUAGUGUGAAGAAGAUAUCUGAUUUACUAACUGUGCCGUAUUGCCAACACUCUCUCAACGCAGUCGGAGGGAGCUGCAGCAGCGUUGUCAUCGUCAGCCAGCAGCCGCCUUUAACUGCACCAUGUCCGGGGCGACGGUGAACACAGGAGGAGGAGGAGGAGGAGGAGGGGGAGGAGGCGGCGGCGGCGGCGGCGGCGGCGUCGGCGAGAAGCCCCAGUCGGCUUUCAGCGCCGUCAUCAGGAAAAGUUUCUCCUCUUUCUCAGUCGAUUCCAUCCUCAGCAGCGCCGGCGGAAACCGCCUCACAGACGAUGUCUCCGAAAGUGACCACCGCAGAAGUCCCCGCGGAAGCCCUCAAAGGGAUUGCUCAGGAUCAACCCACGCCGCCGAAUUCCUUCUGCGGGACACUGACCGCGGGAGUGACUCCUACAAGAAGACCGAUCUCCCACCCGACCGCUCGUCCUCUCCGACGUCCCCGGGAGGCUGCGACAACGACCGCGACGACGACGAGGACGAAGACAUUCACGUCGACACCGACACGGAGGACGAGAAAGAGAGGGAGAGUGAGCGUCCGCAGCCGAUCAUCAGGCCGACGGCUCUAGGACCCUUGCAGGAUCCUCGCCUGGCCGGACUGGGCCACACGGGGCCACCGCAUCCGCACUCACUCUUACCACCACACCUCCAGGCAGGACUCUGGCCGUCGCUGCCCCUUCUGCAUCAUCAGCUGUCCCUCCGAACACUCGCAAAGACUCCAGAGCCGCCCCGCUUCCAGGGUCCGAUGAAAGUGAACCUGAGGAAGCACAAGCCGAACAGGAAGCCGCGGACGCCCUUCACGACGCAGCAACUUCUCGCCCUGGAGAAGAAGUUCCGUGAGAAGCAAUACCUGAGCAUCGCCGAAAGAGCCGAAUUUUCGGCGUCUCUCAACCUCACCGAGACUCAAGUCAAAAUCUGGUUCCAAAACCGACGGGCGAAAGAUAAGAGGCUGAAGGAAUCGGAGAUGGAGAGGCUGCGACUGGCCUCCGAGCCCUUCGUGCCUCCCAAUCCCUUCUUGCCGCCGGCGUCCCUCCUCCCGCCCUUCCUGCUCAACAGUCCCUUCGUCCAGGGAGGACUGCGGCCGCCUGUGGGGCCGCCAGCAGUGCCUCCGCCUACCUCCUCGCCGCCUACGUCGCAUUGAAGAACUCCCUUUUCCUGUCUUCCCCGGCCAUGUCCUGCCGCCUACUUCAGCUACAAAACUCUGCAGGUGUGUCAGACUCCUUUAUCGGGGUCUCAUCCGUCAACUUCUCCUUCACAGAACAUUAAUCCUUGAUCCGUGAUACAGCGGCAGUUGUUGAAAGCAGGGCGCCUCUAGGCGCCACCCCUCCCCCCACCCCCGUACUCACUUCCUGGCUGCAAUCCUAGGUCAUAGCAACAAGGGGUCUCUUCUCAUUUACCGAUCUGAAAAUAUCUACGAUUGUCGCAGUGAUAACUGGGUGGAGCCUUCGGGCUUUUCUCGUUCCAGAUUAAUUAUUUCCAAUUUAAUUUCAUGAUAAUCUUCAAGUGUUUAUAUUAACUAUUCAAUCAGUUAUAUAAGACCCGCACAUCUCACUGUGAUUCAUGAUAUAGAUAUAUAUAAAUAUAUAUAUAUAUAUAUAUAUAUAUAGAUAUAUAUAUAUAUAUAUAUAUACAUAUAUA